AUGUCUGCCAAGCCAGCUUCACAGAAAACUAAAUCUCCAUCCAAGAAAACUGACAAAUUGGAAAGAUCGCCGGAGGAAAUCGCGGAGGCCAAGAGAUUAGCCGAAGAAAAUGCAGCCAAAGCCAAGGAAAUUCAUAGGAAUGUGGUAGAUACGAUCGUCUCGAUGGUUGAUACCAUUGGAUCAGACCAGCUAAUUGAGAAGGUAAUUGCUUAUCGCUAAUUUUUCUUUAUGAGUUUAGUUACACUUGUUGGAUGUCGGAUCUUGGGAUGAAGUUGUUGAAGAGCGAUAUUUGGCAAGAUUCUGUGGUUUCCCCACUUGUGAUGAGACUGUAACUGUCAACAACUACAUGGGGAAAAAGUAUUGGAUACAGAAACGUGAAAAGAAGGUAGCCAUUUCACAUUUAUCUUCUCCAUUGUCCAUUUUGCAGUUGGUAAAGAAAUCUUUUCCAGAUUUACACUGCGAUACCCAAGGUUGAGAAAUUCUGCUCUCGAUUUUGUUACGAGCGUUCCAAUCACAUCCAAAUGCAACUCUACGAAGAGCCAUUGUGGAUGAAUUGGGAAAGGAAACCGAAGCAAUACCAAGUUGACCUUCCUCAUGGUGGACAUUCUUCCAACAAAAAAUUUGAAGACAUAUUCUCUCAAGAGACUGAUAGACUGUUAGUUACGCGGUUAAACGACCUCAAAAUUGCUGAGAAUCGAGGAUCAGACAGUGAAGAAGAUGCGGAUUCAGAAGACGAAGAGAAGGGCAAGAAGACGAAGAUGGAGGAUGAUGAAUUUGUCAGCGAGAUUCGAUCAUUUGUCUCGUCUGUAUCCUCCAUGUCGAAACAAAAGAUGUCAAGUAUGAGUGGUGCUGGCGGAGCUUCAACGGAUAUUAAUAACCCCAAGGCUCGUGAAAUUGCGGAGAAAAACAGGAAAAAGUUCGAAAAUUUGACGGAAAAGGAUAACAAAGAGCCGGCUAAAGUGAAUGUUAACAAGGAAACCAUUGUUAGGACCUCGGGAAGAUUGGAGAAACUAAUUCAGGUAAGAUUUUUUGUGUUUUUCUUGGUUUUCUAAAUAUUUUUUAUCUUUCCGCCUUCAAAAAGGCUUUUCGAAAGGACGAGAAAAGUGAAAAUAAAAUGCUUUCGGAACGUGCCUCAUUGGCUCAGGGGCAGAGCGUCUGUCUAGUAAACAGAAGGUCGCUGGUUCGAUUCCAGCAUGAGGCAGCUUUCUUUUUUUGUCGUUUUACUUUUGACAUUAUGGUAAUUUGUAUGGGGUUAAUGCAUUUUUAGUUGCAAAAAUUAAUAUUUUAUACAUUUAGGACAUUGCGCAACAAGAUGAGAAGGAAAAUGCUGCAAAAUCAUCUAAAGUACCAGACGAAAAACCAAAAGAACCCCAAAAUUCUGUGAAUUCGGCCCCGACCUCGACUAAAAAACCUGCUCAGAAGCUAAAAAAGAAGGUUGUCCAGAAAGAAGAACCUCUCUCACCUGAUAUGGAGGAAAAAUUGGCCAGGUUGAGGUCGAAAUUUGGCAACAAACCGAAUUCAAAUCUCCGGAAACCCCCAAUUUUGAUUGAACCUCCCAAACUUGAUGCCCAAUUAGCUGCCAAGAUGCCCGAAGAUCUCCGUUAG